UUUAAAUUCCAAUAUGGCAGCGCCCAUAAGAAUUUCCAAAAUAUUACUAGGUUUAAUAAAAGCCUCUCCACAAUGCCGAAUUGGCAGAAGAUAUGCUUCAGCUGCCCCACAGGAAUCCAGAACCUGGCAGUUACAUAGUGCUGUGUGUCUUCAACGAUACCCACGCCUCACCGCACCCAUGAAUGAUAUCGAGCAACGAUUUCAGGAGCACCUCAACAAAGUGGAAUACAGGAGAAGUCUACGUUCUAACUAUGAGUUAGAUCUUACCAAAGAAAAAGAGCUUUUUGAAAAGAUGAAGAUAAUGACGGAAGAUGAAAAGAAGAAGCUGAUCGCUGAGCAGGAUCUCCUCACUAUGAAGGAGCAAGAAGAAGACUGGCAGAAGGAAUUCGAAGAGUUCAAACUGACUGAUCGUUUGACUGAAGCAGAUAUGGCAGGUAAUGAGCAGAGUGCCAACCGCCUUCUGGAGAAAAAACUUGUGUUGAUCGUGAAAAAACAAUGGGAGGACGGAGGGGAGCCACAGUGGAUGUUUCCGCAGAGUGCCAGACUGCCUGGGGAGUCUAUGAGACAGGCAGCUGAGCGGUCUUUGGUGUCAACAUGCGGAGAAGAGCUAGACGCCAUAUUCCUGGGAAAUGCCCCAUGUGGUUACCAUAAAUACAAAAUGCCAGCCAGGUAUCAGGGACCUGAGUAUGGGGUCAAGGCGUUUUUCUUCAAAGCGACAUACCUCUCCGGGGACGUGCAGGAGACAGGGGAAAUGGGUGACUGGAAGUGGGUCACAAUCGACUCCCUACACGAGUAUGUCGGGACAGGGUCAUACCUAAAACACAUCAGUCAGUUCCUUGUUGAUUCCUGAUUUUGGGAGAUUCAGCUAAUCCUGAUUCACUGAUAGAUGUGUGAUGUGCUGUCGGAGGACCUUUUCAAAAGACUUGUGGUACAAAGGAGGGAAUGGAAUUGAGAUGAGGUGUUCGAAUAAGCUUACCGAUACUGUCAUAUUAAAUGAUUUAGAUGAAGCAUAUUUUGAAUGUGAACAGAAUAUUUUGUUAAAGUAUAACCUACAUUUCCUGCCAGUUUAAAUUACAUAUUUGCCUUCAAUAAGUACUGUGGUUAAUCAUUAAGAAUGACAGUUUGCAACUCAGUGUACAGGACAUCAUUGUUUGGUUCCCCAUUGGGAAAAACACUUGAUAAUAUAGUUGGUUAAAAUAAAACUUAUAAUUGCAAAGAUAAAGAAUUGCUAGAUUGCUUCACUUGCUCCACCCUUCUUAGUCUUUCAUUGUUUCACAAUAUGUUCGAACUAUUGUAUAGUGCUCAUAUAAUUUAGAUACAAUGUAAAUGUACUGUUCUUUUAAUAAACAGUUAUACAGAUAUUUAAGAAGAAAGUUUCAAUCUUGAGUACUACUGUUCAUAAUCUUGUACUUUUUGUUGGUUUUUUAAGUGAUGAUCCUGUUUGAGGGUAGUUAAUUACUGAAUGGGAUAGGAGAACCUCAUAAUGUUACAAGUUUGCAUCAAGUUGAUCUUAUGCUGCCAUAUGUUUUAGAAAAUGAAUUUUAUGUUAAAUUAUUAUCUUAAUUGCUCUCUUUAACAGAGUGUAGUGGAAAGUAUAUAUAUAUACAAAAAAACUUUUAACUAGUAAAAACUUUAAAGGAUGUUGUUGUUUUGGGAUUUAUAAGGUGUUUGAAUUGAAACUUAAUGUUUUGGUGUUAAUCCAUUUCCAGCAAAUACAUUAUGUUAAACCUAUUAAAUAUUCCAGUUUAGUUGUGAUUUUGAAAAUUGGUAAUGAAAGAAACUUCAUUUAUGAACAAAAAAAAUUAAGAGUGGAAAAAUUAUUGUAUUUAUACACGGCCACUGUAUAUUAUAUUGUACGUAUUAAUAUCUUGGUGGUUGUACAAGCCCAAAUGAGAACAUUUUGCAAAAUAUAGGGAUGAAAUACUCGACUCAACCAUUUGAAGCAUCAAGUACGACAAGAAACCAUAACAAACUGAAAACAACAAAUUUUAUUUACCAAUACCCCAGUAUUUUUUCAAUAAGUUAUAUAAACAAAAUUAAAUACCUAGACCUAGAAUAAUAAAAAAAUAAUGUAAAAAAGUUCACAAACUGUCUUUACUGAUAUAUUAAUAACCACAGAAUUUAAUUCACAUGAAAUAUUGAAUGCAUCAAUAUUAGCAUAAUUAUUCCAUCAAAAGGUUAAAAUGUAAUCCUCAGAGAAUAAAAUUUAAAUUAUUCCAAAACUUGAGAUAUGUUCUAGCUCUGGUGAACAUUUAUAAAGACGUGUUAACUUUUUAAAGAAACUUAAACUUAUCCUCGAGACACCUAGAUUAAAGAAUUUUGCCCUUCAAUAGAAAAAGAAGAAUUUUAUUAGCUUUAACCCAUGAGUUGAAUCAGUAAUAAUGUCUCAACAAAAUACAUGUUAAUAUAUCUGAGUGUGAAGUAACUGUUUUCAUCAUAUCAACUAUUUGGUAAAUAAAUAUAUUUUUUACUUAUUAAGACUAUACUAUAAAAUGUGUUUGAUAUACAAAUUAACUAUUAACCUGUCAUUCUUCAUCUAGCAAAAGAGAAUGUUCCAGGUCAUACUAAAGGUUUUCUCAAUUUCUAUAAAAGAAACAUUGUUUAUUCUAAAUGUUUUGUAUACAGAAUAAACAGACUAUUCUGGAAAUUCUAAUAAAUCUUGACAAAUACAUGCUGGAUGUCCAGUUAGCACAGUGGUAAGCACACUCACUUCUUACCUAGGUGACCCGGGUUCCAUUCCUGGAUGGGCGCAUGUUAGUUUGGUUUCUGGUCACCAAGCCGGACAAGUGGGUUUUCUUUGGGUACCCAGGUUUCCCCCACAACACAAGACCACACUCUCACGCAACAUCGUGCCAAUGAAAGUGACUUAGUAUAAGUUAUCAUAACUUUCUUCACAAUCACUGUAAAAUAUAUAAUGUUGAAACUAAAUACAUGCUAAAAAUACAGUUAAUUUUAAUGGAUCUUAAUCACCAUGCAGAUUAACAAUGAAGUUCUGAAUUAAAUACAUUUACUAAUCACUUUUAAGCAUAGUUAACAAAAGUUGUGCUUUUGGUUGGUCUGGUUAUAUAAAUAGAAGGUAAAUUUGUUUGUACAAAAUUCACAAACCCAGUUGUGUUAGUCAAAUUAGUAACUGUCAAACCUGAAACAGGGUUAUAUAACAAAAUUGGACUUAGAUCAGGAUUUAGGGGAUUGAUGCAUUAUUGAACAAGAUGAAAUGGGCUGUAAAAUUCCAUUCAAAAGUAGUAUUCGUUAUAAUUUGGGAAGUCAUAGUUUAGUGAUGCAUUAAAAGGUUAAUGGUUUGAGAGAGUGGAUAAUAUUAAAGUGUAAGAUGAAGACUCUAAAGGUACAGCUGAAGGCUGACUAAAUCAACUCAUGAAAGAUGUUUAAGACAGCUGUUCAAAAUAUGAUGGUAUAGUUUGGAUGUUGUUGGUAGUUGGAGAUUCGAAUAUCGAGGGCUAAACCGAAUUGGGGCUUUCCUUAAAAAACAAGCUGUAUUUUUUGAUAACAUUUAAAAAAAAACUAGUAUUAUUAAUGUUUGCAAAAAACCCACACUGAAUGUCACCUCUGCUGUCCAAUUCUUUUUUUUAACUAUUUAGCGGUUGCCAAAGGUUAUGUCUUUUUCGGCAAUUAUGUUUCCAAGGAAAAACGACAUAGAGUUGUGACUAGUACUUAGUAGGACAAGGGAAAGUCAGCCACAGAAUGUUUGUCUUGCACAUUGAUUCUUUGGUUGUCGCAAAUAUGUAUAGCCUUGCCCGCAAUAACACCAUCAAAGUUUUAAAUUAUUGUUUUCCCUGGUGUCCUUUCGCUACCUCCAUUUUCACAGUAUUUUGAGUAAUGUAGUGUUUUCAAU